CCCAGAGUCCUCGCGGAGCUGCAAGGCUUGCUGUUCUCCUACACCCCGACGCUCCUCUGUCUGCAACCGCGACGGCAUAUCAUUCGCAAAUCAUAAUCAAGACUUGGGACCUCUGAACUGCUUCGACCUUCACACCACCGUCAGCCAUGGGGAAAUCUCAGAAAAAGCGCCAAAUGAGGAGGCAUAAUCCUAUGCGUGUCCCCGACUCGCAUCUACCCAAGGGACUCGAGGCCGCGUCUUCGUCGUCAUCCAGGAAGGAUGCUAUCCUCCCCAUCCUGCAGAAGAUGGAGAGUGUAGAUCCUGCAGAACGCAAAUGGGCAUGCGUUGCUGUCUCAAAUCUCAUUCAAAACGAUCCGUCGACCCGUAGGCUGCUGCAAGGCAAGAACGUUGUGGGCGCCUUGAUCAAUCGACUUUCAGACAGCGAAGAGGAAGUUAUAGUGGAAGCUACUGGAUCACUGCGGAACCUAUGCAUAGACGGCGGAUUUGACAUCUGUGCGGAAAUGUAUAACAAGAACAUUCUCACACCUCUCAAAACUUUCAUUCCCAAGAUCUCAAAAACCCUAUCUGAAUACCUGGAAAACCCAAAAACUGCACCGGAGAACGCGCAGCAGCUCGUCUACGAGUUCGCAGACAAUGUCAUAACCAUCCUGUGGUGCCUGUCAGAGACUUCGAACAAGGCCAUGAACGCCAUCAACCAGAUCUCGCUGGUCCCAUUCCUCAUGUCGUUCCUAGCGUCAAGGGACAAGCUACCUAUCUCGACUGUGACAUCUGCAGCACAAUGUUUGUAUGUGCUCACCGAUGAGAACCCACCUGCCGUCGAAGAGGUCCGAUCAAAUGCGCCUUACUCCGCCUGCAUUCUCUCCAUAGUACAAUCGAGGGAAGGACUGCCUCAGGCUAAUGGGAAGAACAAGGAGGUCGAGUACGACCGAAGCCUUGCUCUCCAGGUCCUCUGCUGUGGGAUCCUCAGGAAUAUCUCUCCGGUCCCGCCUCCUUCUGUCGCGGCAACAGUCGCUGUAGACCGUGACAUCGUUAUGCCAACCCUAGAGCCUGUCUUAUCCCUGAUUUCCUUGCCCGAGGCGUCACAAGACGCCCAGGAGCAGAUCGCCAAAGAAGACGCUAUCCCAGCACUGGAGAAGCUGUCGCUAAAGCACACGCCCAAGUCGGACCAUAAGACGCCCUCGGAACUCGAGCUCGAGCGGUUAGAGCACAAACUACGAACGGUGCAGUUAGCGCUCGAGGUCCUCACGGGUGUCUGUGCAACGCUGCCCGACCCCGACUUUGACGUACGAGACACGGAUGGCGAGGGUGCCGACGAAGACGACGAGGAGGCGCACGAAGAUGAAGACAUGGACGACGAGCCUGACGUCGACAUGGCGCCUGACGAUGAAUCAGGGAUGAAGGCCCGGAGCGGUUCGAAUGCGACAAUCUUCCAAACGCUCGUCGCUCCCCUCCUCACUCUGAUCCAGCCCACAUCGCUCUCCUUUUCCCCUCUCGAUGGACUUUCCCCCCAUCCGCCCACUACCUCAGCGCUCAGUGCGAUUCACGUCAGCGCGCUUGAGUGUCUGAACAACAUCUUCCUGUCCCUUCGUAGUGCCCAGGUCGAUGCACUACGCGCCGAUCCAGACAGCGGGCGGAGGGUCUGGGAUUCGGCCUGGCAGGCGCUCGGUGCCGUCGGGACCGACGUUGACAAGCCUGGCCAGGAGCGACGGCGCGCGAUGUGGGAAAUCGGUGUCGGCGUGCUCUGGGGCGUGGCCGAAGUGUGGAAGGGCCUCCUUGCGCCAGACGAGACACACGUCAAGGUGCUCAUACAGUUGUGUGACGCUACCACUGACGAGGGCGUCAAGGUGAAAUGCAUUGGUGCACUUGAGUGUCUCGCGCAACAUCCGGAAUCUGUAGAUGCGAAUCGGGUCAUAGCAACGUACUUGCUCUCGCUGCUCCCACCUUGGCCCGCUAAGCCGACGCCGAGAGAACCUCUACUCCAGGCAGUGUCGGCGCUCGUAGACAUAUACUCGGACGAGACGCUACCGUAUGACACAAAUUUCAGGCAGGGGCGGUUCCUCGACGCGCUCGUCGCGAGCGUGGAAGGCGUGCGGAAGGCGGUGCGCGGCAUCGAUAGGAAGAAGGAGCGGGAGCUCAGGGCACGGGGCGAGGAAGUCCGAGACAACCUGGUCGCAUUCAUCGAGUACCGCAGGGGGUUAGGCGUUUGAUUGCGCGUGCGCAGGACCACUGUAAUUGCGUACCGAGGGGCAGUGCCACGGUAGGGUCCCGCAGCUAGGUCGUUCCAUGCUAGUACAAAAUGGAAUUGAGUUGUGUCUUUCGUGACACAGCACUAGUGGUGUAAAAUUCUCAGCGCCAU